AUGGGAACAAACAGAGAAGAAUCGGGACGAUUCGAGACAAUAUAUCAGGAAAUGGUAGAAGAUGAAGUUAAGGCCACUCAUAAACUUCCUGCUGGACCUAUGCACAAAUUGAUAGCUGAGAAUACCAAGUCAAACAGUUUGGUCAUGAAGAAACCAAAUUUGGUGAUUCCUGCUCAUAUCAUAGCGGAAGCAAUAUCAUCAAUCCGCGACAUCGACCUGAGAUGGUCAGGUCCAAUCACGCAGAAAGAAAUGGAAUAUGUAGAACAAUAUGUCCUAGCGAAGUAUCCAGAAUAUGCGAAUCUCAUUGAAGGAGAUGGAAGUGGAAUAGACAUGUCAAGUUUCAUCAUCAAUGAGGAGCCUUCGGAAUUACCAAUGUCAGAUGCUCUAAGAAAAUCACCAAGAUCGCCUUCUUUUGGAAGCAACCUACCUGAAAUGGAUGGAACACAGCUGGAACCAUCAAGGCUACUUGAUGUUAUCAAUAAGAAAUCAUCCUUUCCCGGAAGUUUCAUCUCGAUCCCAGAAAUUCAAGCUCAAAAUAAGGUUUUGAAGCAUUGCGGUUUACCAGAUGACGAAUACUUGGUUCUUUUUACUCCGAGUUACAAAGAUGCUAUGAUGUUGGUCGGAGAAAGUUACCCUUUUGUUAAAGGAAACUACUACAUGACUAUUCUUGGUGAAGAACAAGAGGAUUAUAUAAAAGAAUUUGCUUCUUUUAAGGAGUCUAGGGUUCUGAUAGCACCAAAGACAUGGCUUGAUUUGAGGAUUAGAGGGUCUCAGUUAAGUCAAAAUUUUAGGAGGAAAUGUAAGAUUAGUCCAAAAGGGCUAUUUGCUUAUGUAGCAGAUGUGAAUGGAACAAUGCAUUGGGUUUCUGAGGCUCAUAGGAACUAUUGGCAUGUUUUGCUUGAUGCAUCUGAAAUGGUUGUGGGAAAGGAUAGGUUACAUGUUGGACUUCAUAGGCCUGAUUUCUUAGUAUGUUCUCUUGAUAACACAAACUCCAAUCCUUCAAAAAUCACUUGUCUUUUGGUUAGAAAGAAAAGUUUUGACACAUCCAAUACUUCAUCUUAG